UCAGUUCUCAGGGGAACGCAGAAGUCGUCGCACUCCUCUUCAUAAUCCGUGACCGUUAUUCGAAUCAAUAGAAAUUAGCUGCUUCGCGUCAAGGCCACGUGUACACUUUUGCUGCUCCAGGGCUUGGUUCUGGCCAUGGCGAACACUGUUAGCCACUCAAAAAGUCCUACCGGGGAGGCUCAGUUUGCCUCGCAGCUCUAUGACCAGUUGGCCAAGUCCGAGCCCGGCAAGAACAUCGUCCUCUCGCCCUCAUCUAUCAGAACGGGCUUGGCUCUGGCCUACCUGGGCGCCGAAGGCAGCACAGCCGAUGAGCUGAAGCAGGGAUUGGGCCUGGAGGGAGCUGACAAAAACGAGGUGGCCGAGAAAUUCGCCCAACUGUUGGCCAAAGGAGAGGAAAAGGAGGCGAAUGGUGACGAGGACAAGCCUGAAUUGAAGUAUGCCAAUCGGAUUUACGUGGCUCAGAGGUUCCAGCUGGCCCAGACCUAUCAGGAUUUGGUCAGCAAAAACUUUGCAGCAGCUGCCGAAAAUGUGAACUUUACCCAGAGUGCGGAUACUGCCAAGCAGAUUAACUCCUGGGUGGAGGAGCAGACCCAUAAGCAAAUCAAGGACCUUGUUACUCCGGAUUCACUGGACGCAGAUACGGCUGCCAUCCUGGUCAAUGCUAUCUACUUCAAGGCCGAAUGGCAGAACACUUUUCCCGAGUACACCACCUUUGCCCGCGACUUUGUCAAUCACGGAGGUCAGAAGGUCAGCGUUGACACCAUGUCCCAAGAGGAUUACUUCAGGUUCGCCGAGCUACCCGAGUUGAAGGCAAAGGCUUUGGAACUGCCGUACAUAGGCACGGAUAUCGUGUUUCUGAUCAUUCUCCCACAGGAAGAGCAGGGUUUGGCCUUUGUAGAGGAAAAACUUAAGGAUCUGGACCUCAAUGAAAUAAGUUCCCAGUUGAAGAAGCAGAAAGUACAGGUGGAGCUGCCUAAAUUUAAAUUCGAGUUCGAUGUCCCUCUACAGUCGGCUCUCGAGAAGCUGGGCAUAACGAAACUGUUCACUCACGAGGCGAAUCUCAGCAGCUUGCUCCAGGAAUCGGAACCACUUCGCAUCUCUGAGGUGAAGCACAAGGCCAUCAUUGAGGUGAACGAGAAGGGAACCACGGCCAGUGGAGCCACCCUUAUCAAGGCCCAGUUGGAGUCCUACUUAAUAGGAGAGGAGAUUUUCCAGUUCACCGCGGAUCAUCCCUUCUUCUUUGCCAUCAAGGAUGCAGAGAGCACCUACUUCGCGGGCCACGUUAACCAGCUCUGAUCCAGAGUUGUGCGACAAGUUCUCCCUAUUAAUCCCUAGAACUCAAUAUGUUCUUCUGUCCACAUCCAAUAAAUGCCAAUCUACGAUGUCAA